CGAUUGUGGCAGCAUAAGAGACCUGUUGCUUACUGUUGAAGAUUGAGCUGACUCGACUCGACUCGACUCGACUCGAUCGUCACUCGGCGUGGCUUGUGCCAUGGAGGCGGCCAACAGUUGGUGCCAUAGAAAAACCGUGAAGCUAUUGAAAGAUGCAAAAUUGAGUCGCCUGGAAGCCCUACCGGUACGUAAGACGUGGAUACGGUACAGUGCAACUAAGAUUUAACAUCAUCUUCAGGAAGGAAACCAAAGAUUUAGAACUGUCUGUACUCCCUUCUGCACACAUCACAUCACCAACGACAGCUACAACGACACAGCAGGAAGGAAGGAGCCCAACAACGGAUCUAUUGUUCACCACAAGAGGAAUAGAGCACCCUGAAUAGUCUACCUUCAAAUUUGUUGGAUCUCUCUCGACUCCAGUCUAGUCUUCCAUAGAAACCUGUCUGCUAGGCUUCUCGUGCUGUUUGUUUGUUGGAUAGAGUGAUUCCAAGCUUCAAGCUAUCAUAAAAUACCUGCAUUGCACUUUGCUGUCCCCACACCACACAUCCCACCAUGAUCCAAGAUUUGAUCAACCGAGCAUCCUUCCUUCAAAAAUGGCAACAGAAUAGCCGUGAUUCCGAUGGCAGCGCACUGAGCGCCCUUUCUUCGCAAGAAUUCAUGGGUCAAGUAGCGACCAUGGCGGAAGACAGCAUUAGAUCUAACGGAUCCAAUUCCUCUUUUCACACUGCCGCAACGUCAAUGGGACGGGCCGAUACUAAUGGAGAGGCCGAUGCUUUGGUCAAGGAUCUCACGAACAAGGUGGAGGGAUUGGAUGAUGAUACCGUGGUCUCGCUGACUGCCCGUGAAAUUCGUCUUCUGUUGGGUCUUCCCGACAAUCAGCAGCGCCAAUCCGUCAAAGACUGCAGCAGGCGCAGGAGGAGCACGGAAACGUCUCUCCCUCGGCUCAGUGAAGUCGAGUCGGAGUCGUCUGAAUUCAAUGUUACUGGUGCAUCUGUGCCACCCACGGUCAUUGAACCCACUGACACCUCUAACUUGUUCACCAUGUGGGACUUUACGUCCAAAGAAAAGCUGUCGGCAGAUGAAAUCCAGGCUGUCAUGAUUGCUUUGGCCGCAGAAAAUCAGCAAAGGUGGGAAGGACAGGAAAAUGACGGACUGGAAGAAGAUGACGACAUUCAUAGCAGCAGACCCAGCCCAUUGUCGUCACGUGAAGUUUCCAUCCAAUCUCUGUUAUUGGAUGAUGACGACAGCACCAAUAAUAACAUUGCCGAAUUUCUCGUGACUCUGGGUGGUACAACAACAACAACAACAUCCCAACCAGCUGCCAAACGCCACAGUCGAAAACUCAGGCGCCAGACAGAGAUACGUCAAUUGACAAUCCAGUCCGAGGAGGAAAAGAAAACUGACGAUUUAGAAGCAACAGCAAUCGAGAGUUGCCCCGACAUUCUUGCAGGGCGUCAAGUAUCCGUCCGACCCGUGCAGGCCCAUGAAGAAGGUUCUAUCCUUGACGUGACCCAAUUCGUCGUCACAUUCAGCGACAGCAGCAGCAGCAGCACGCAGAGCACUCCUAAAGGUGAAGAAGAAGAGGUUCCGCCACCUCCUCGACCUCUCUCUUCCUUUUCUUCUCUGGCCCGUCAGCUAUCUAUCCAGCCUGCGCCAUUUGACGGUCCCUUCUCAUUCCAAGGAGGAGGAGGAGGGAAUCCAUUUUCGGACGAAGAGGAAACAAUGCUCAUGAUGCCUGUGCCGGCAUUGACACGCCCAGGCAUGAUGUCAGAACGGCAAGUGAGCGUGAGAGUUAACGGAAAUCCCAAGCCUGUGUCAUUUCGGGUUCACGGGCUUUGAGAAUGUUGGAUAGUACAUGUAUAAUAAAUAGUUACUGGAAUACAUGCGACUGAUGGCAUUUCGCCGAUGGGAAGUGGUGACUUUCAUGGGUGCGUAGUGAUCAAUCACCCAGCGAUGCCAUUAGACGGCAUGACCAAUCCAUCGCGCAGCACGAAGCCCGCCCCUCCUUGGCUAUCAGAUGGGCUGACUGCACCGCUGGUUCGCAUAAGCUCGUGUACACUGGGUGUGGUACAUAUCUGACAGUCACAUAAACCAAGCAUCAACAUGCAAUUUUGUAUCUAAUAUUUAUCCUAGUGGGGCGUUCCAUGUGAUGCCUUCUGAAAUCAACAGGUAUGGUACGCACCCCCCGCGAGCCCACCAGCCCAGAAAAGAACAGGAAGGAAUACAUCAAAAGGAUUUGUUCACGACCAAGAAGGUCCUCAGGCUUGCUUGAAUAAGGAAUCCUAGCAUUCCUUUUUGACCACGGCAGUCACCAGCACUUCUGGAUCAUACUUCUUCUUGACAGGAGGGUUGUUGGGAGCGCUGGGAGACACAGAUUCACACUUGACACGAACCUGUCCAGUGGAAGAACUGCCACGGUUGGUGCAGGGAGAUGCUGUGGUCACCGAGGAUUCAAGACGUUGCUUCUUGGAACGUUGAUUGUUGAUAUUGCCAUUUCCCUGAGACUUGCUACGACCUUUGUCAUUGUCAUUGUGCACCAGAGGGGUAGAAUGCAAAG